ACAACAACAACAACGACGACGACAUUAUCUCCAAUUGAUACAUUUAUUUUACAUCAUCAUGGAGAUGACAACAACAACAACAACAAUCCAGGAAUCUUGUCAUCAACAUUUGCAAAUAAAUCAUUAUCAUUAUCAUCAUCAUCAAAAAAUUGUACACCAGAUCAAUUCCGUUGUAAUAAUGGAAAUUGUAUACCGAAACGUUGGGUUUGUGAUUUUCAAAAAGAUUGUGAAGGUGAUGAAGAUGAGAAUCAAUCCUGUCCACCACCACAAUGUGAUCCAAAUCAAUUCACCUGUGGUCAAUAUGUAUUCAAUAAAACCUAUUGUAUACCAUUACACUGGCACUGUGAUAAGAUUGUUGACUGCCAGGAUGGAUCGGAUGAAGGAGAAACAUGCUCCUAUAGACCUUGUCAGCCUGACGAUCAUGUAUGCCAAAAUAAUGGUAGCGCAAUAUGUAUUCCAGCAUUGAAAAAAUGUGAUGGUUAUAAUGAUUGUCGAGAUGAAUCGGAUGAAAAAGAUUGUGCCCAUAAUGGAACCGCUUGUCAAUUGAAUGAAUUUCGUUGUGCCAGUGGUAAAAAAUGUAUUGAAGAAACAAAACGUUGUGAUCAUUGGAGCGAUUGCGGCGAUGGUGAUCUAUCCGAUGAAGAGAAUUGUGAUUUUCCACCAUGUGCAUCCGAUCAAUUCCGUUGUACGAACGCUAUUUGUAUACCAGCUAAAUGGCGUUGUGAUGGCCAUUCUGAUUGUAAUGAUGCAAUCGAUGAGGCUAAUUGCACUGUUGUAUCAUGUACGGAGAAUAAAUUUCUAUGUCCUAUAGAAAAGAAAUGUAUUAAUCGUGAAAAAUUAUGCGAUGGAAUUGCCGAUUGUACAGAUGGUGCCGAUGAAAAAGAAGCUUGCUCCAUGAAAAAUUGUGAUUCAUUGAUGUGUGAACAUAAAUGUAAAGCAUCAUUAAAUGGUGGUAUUUGUUAUUGUCAAACCGGCAUGACAAUCAAUCCAAAAGAUCAAAAAUCCUGUAUCGAUUUUGAUGAAUGCCGUGAAUGGGAAUAUUGCGAUCAAUUUUGUACAAAUACACCGGGUAGCUAUCAAUGCCAUUGUGGUUCCGGUUAUAAGCUUAAUGAUAAUCGUCAUUGUAAAGCUGAAAAUAGUUCGGAUAUGCAAAUCAUGUUUGUACAUCAUAGUUCCAUAUAUCGAAUGGAUUUUUCGGGAAAUUCAUUAGAGAUAAUUACAAAUGCAACAGCCGCAAGCGGUCUUGAUUAUCAUUUUGCUAAAAAUAUCCUCUUCUGGUCGGAUGUUGAAACACGAAAAAUCUACAGUAUUAAUCUGGAUCCUGAUAGACCAACCAAAUUCACAAAAGAAAUAAGCGUCUUCUAUCCAUGGACACCGAUUUCGAUUGCUAUUGAUUGGAUUGCGAAUAAAAUAUACAUUUGCGAUACACAUAAUCAAAAAAUUGACAUCAUGGAAAUUGAUGGUAGUCAUCAUAGUAUAGUGAUUAGCCAAAAUCUGACAGCACCACUCGACAUUGCCCUCGAUCCGAGCCGUGGGCUAAUGUUUUUCACAGACAAUGAUAAUAUUGAUCGAGCUUUGAUGGAUGGCACACAACGAACGACAAUUGUUUCGAAUUAUAUUUACAAAGCAACCGGUAUUGCAUUGGAUUAUGUUACUCAACGUGUGUUUUGGUGUGAUUCACAACUGGAUCAAAUUGUUGUCGUUAAUUAUGAUGGCCAAGAACGACAUACAAUUAUACGUGGUAGUACAAAAGUACCAUCACCUGUACGAAUGACCGUUUUCGAAAAUUAUGCCUAUUGGACGGACAGUACACGACAAGGUGUGCUACGCUUAAAUCUCUAUAACAAUUCAGAUAUUGAAAUUUUAUAUCGUGAAAGACGAAUCAUCAAAGAACCACGAAGUAUCCAUACUGUACAUUCGCUUCGACAACCUAUUGUAUUUAAUCCAUGUAGUGGUAAUAACGGAGGUUGUCAACAUAUGUGUGUGCUUACCAGAAAUGGUGACGGAAAUUCAUUUGCACUUGGUUAUCGAUGUGCAUGUGAUAUUGGUUAUCAACUUACCGAAGAUUUACGAAGUUGUACGAAAAUUGAAGAAUUUCUCAUGUAUUCACAACAGAAAUUUGUUCGUGGCAUUAUUCUUGAACCUAAAUUAAGCGGAUUUACCGAUGCCAUUGUUCCUGUUGUUAGUCGUUCAGCUCGAUUUGUUGGUCUUGAUUUCAAUGCACGUACUAAUCAUAUUUUCUAUUCGGAUGUCAUUCUUGAUGUUAUCUAUAAGAUCAAAGUAGAUGGAACUGGCAAAGAAAAUGUAUUGGCUUCACAAAAUGAAGGUGUCGAAGGAUUAGCACAUGAUUGGAUAUCGAAUAAUCUAUACUAUAUUGAUAGCCGUAAAGGAACAUUGAAUGUAAUCAGCAUCAAUAAUUCAACUUAUCGUCGUGUUUUACUAAAAAAUCUAAAACGUCCACGUGCUAUUGUCGUACAUCCAAAUCGUGGUUACAUUUUCUAUUCAGAAUGGGAUCGUCCUGCAAACAUUAGCCGUGCCUAUUUAGAUGGUUCAAAUGUAAUGAUAUUUCGUGGUGUUUUACUUGGCUGGCCAAACGGUCUUAGUAUUGAUUAUGAUAAUGAUCGAUUAUAUUGGUGUGAUGCCCUGUUGGAUCAUAUUCAACAUGCUAAUCUUGAUGGUACUGAUGUUAAAACGAUAAAUUCACCACGAAUCAAACAUCCAUUCUCAUUGGUCAUACAUCGGGAAUGGCUUUAUGUUACCGAUUGGCGAUUGGAUGCCAUUUUACGUAUGAAUAAAGUGAAUGGAAGUGAUGAAAAAAUAAUCAACACGGUUGAAGAAGGUAGCCGUCUGUAUGGUAUACGUGUAUUUAGCCGUGAUGCGCAGAAAAUCGAAAAUCUUCAUCCCUGUCUUUAUGAUAAUGGCAAUUGUCAAAAGUUUUGUUUCGCUAUACCUAGUAAUGAUAAUACAACAAGUGAUAAACUUGUUGUACGAUGUGGAUGUCCAUAUGGAGAAAAAUUGUCUAACGAUCAACGUACCUGUGUUUCUGAUCCUGUAAAAGAGCCACCAUUACAAGCAUGUCCUAAUUCAUGGGAUUUUACAUGCGAUAAUCAACGAUGUAUACCUAAAUCGUGGGUAUGUGAUGGUGAUAAUGAUUGUCUGGAUGGAUCGGAUGAGAAGCAAAAUUGUACACAACCAUGUAGUAAUCGAGAUUUUAAAUGUGCCAGUGGACGAUGUAUACCAAUGGGUUUUAAAUGUGAUAAAGAUAAUGAUUGUGGAGAUUUUUCCGAUGAAGCAGGCUGUGCAAACAUUACCUGUAGUGCGAAUGAAUUCACCUGUGACAAUGGACGUUGUAUAUCGAUGUCAUGGAAAUGUGAUAGCGAAAAUGAUUGUGGUGAUGGUAGUGAUGAAGGCGAUUCCUGUAAAGAUAAAACUUGUUCAUAUUUUCAAUUUACAUGUCCUGGUAGUGGCCAUUGUAUACCGCAAAGUUGGGUUUGCGAUGGCGAUAAUGAUUGUAUUGAUCAAGCGGAUGAAAAAAAUUGUCCACCAAUCGUUUGUUCGAAAAAUCAAUUUCAAUGUUCCGAUAUGAAACAAUGUCUUCAUGAAAGUUAUCAUUGUGAUGGUAUGAAUGAUUGUCAAGAUGGAUCAGAUGAAAAAGAAUGUCCACAGCUUUCACCGAAUCAAUGUGAUCAGGAAAAACAAUUUCAAUGUAAAGCAUCAAGAAUCUGUAUACCAAAAUCAUGGUAUUGUGAUGGUAAUCCUGAUUGUGAAGAUCAUAGUGAUGAACCAUCAACGUGCGGCCAAAUUGAAUGUCCAAAUAAUCAUUUCAAAUGUGAUAAUUCUCGAUGUAUUUUCAAAUCAUGGAUAUGUGAUGGCCGUGAUGAUUGUGGUGAUAAUUCAGAUGAAGAUAAACGUCAUGCAUGCGGUGCAGCCAAAUAUGAUUGUCCAAGUGGUCAAUGGUCAUGUCCAAAUAUAACCGAUCGUUGUAUUACGAUAGAUAAAAUCUGUAAUGGUCAUUCCGAUUGUCCGAAUGGAGCCGAUGAAGGUCCUGGUUGUGGUCUGGUCAGUUGUCAACAACAAAAUUGUCUUUAUAAAUGCAAAGAAACACCUGUUGGCCCAUUAUGUCUAUGUCCACCGGGGGAACGUCUCAACGAUACUCGUACCUGUGUCGAUAUAAAUGAAUGUGAACAAAUUGGAACAUGUAGCCAUAAAUGUUUCAAUGAAAAAGCUAAUGUAGCUGGCAGUAUUGGAUUUAAAUGUGAAUGUGAAUCAGGAUAUCAACUGGAAAAUCGAACCUAUUGUAAAGCAUUGAAUCGUACGUUAGCCUAUAUGGUUAUUUCAAAUCGUCGAUCCAUAUUGAUUGCUAAUAUAACGAAUGUUUCAUUGGAACGAAUUCCGGUUCGUGUUGAAAAUGUUGUCGCUACUGCAUCAGAAAUGUCAACAGGCAUAAUAUAUUGGUAUGAUAUGCAUGCAAAGAAAAUAUAUCGUGUAAAAAAAGGUACUAGCGAACCUGAAGUGAUUAUUGAAAAUGGUUUAGAUCUAGUCGAAGGUUUGGCUAUCGAUUGGAUUGCUAAAAAUCUGUAUUGGGUUGAUUCACGUCUUAAAACAAUUGAAGUAUCAACAAUUGAUGGUAAAAAUCAUAUUGUAUUAUUAAGCCAAAAUAUUAGUCAACCACGUGGUAUAUGUCUUGAUCCACGUGAAGAUGCAAGAAUUCUAUUCUGGAGUGAUUGGGGUGAAAAUCCACGUAUAGAACGUAUGGGUAUGGAUGGUAGUGAACGUAAAGUGAUUGUUAAUACAAAAAUCUAUUGGCCUAAUGGUCUUACUAUUGAUAUUCCAACAAAACGUAUAUAUUUUGCUGAUUCAAAAUUAGAUUAUAUCGAUUUCUGUAAUUAUGAUGGUACUGGCCGACAACAAGUACUUGCACAUAAUCAUUAUCUAUUACAUCCACAUUCAUUGACAAUAUUUGAAGAUACACUUUAUUGGACUGAUCGUCAAUUGAAUCGUGUACUUUCAUGUCAUAAAUUUCGUGGAUCAAAUCAAACGGUUGUCUCUCAUCUAGUCAGUCAACCAUUGGGCAUACAUAUCAAUCAUCCAUUAUUACAGCCUGAAUCAUCAUCGAAUCCAUGUGCCAAAGCUCCUUGUUCUCAUCUAUGUUUAUUAUCACCAAAACAGCAAGGAUAUUCAUGUAAAUGUCCAUCCGGUUAUGGACAGGAUCGUACAUCAUCUGGUGGUGGCCGUUGUAUACCUAUCGAUACACCAUAUCUAAUGGUAAUGAAAACCACACAGAUUGUUGAUUUAAGUCUUACGCCGAAUGAAAAAUCUGUCGGCUUUUUUACACCAAUUAUUGGCAUCGAAAAUGGCUAUGAUUUUGAUUAUGAUAAACAACAAGGUUACACCUAUUAUAUUCAAUUACGUGAAGAUGAUAAAGAAAAUGGUACAUUGUAUAAAAUUAACUUGUUGGGUGGAAAUCAGACAAAAUUUUUAGCAGAUGGAAUUGUUGGUGCACCAUAUUGUUUGGCAUUCGAUUGGCUUGGUCGAAAUCUUUAUAUUGGCAAUAAAAAAGCAUCAAAUAUUUUAGUAGUGAAAACAGAUGGUGAUAAAAAUUAUCGUCGAAUUAUUCUUAGUAAUGAUGGAACGGAAAAAGGUGUAGCCAAACCAAAAGCAAUUGUAUUGGAUCCAUUACAGGGAAAAUUAUAUUGGCUCGAUGAAGGUGGUGUUGGUGUACCGCAGAAAUUAGCCAAAGCUAAUAUGGAUGGAACAAAUCCACAGAUUUUAAUCAAAGAUUCACUUCAUCAAAUCGAAGCACUUACAUUUGAUUUCAAUAAUCGUCGUAUCUAUUUUAGCCAAAGUUAUGUAGGUGUUAUUGAAAGUGUUGAUGAAGAUGGAAAAGAUCGUAAAACUAUUAUUACAAGUUCCACUGGCAUAGCAAAACCACAAGGACUAGCCAUCUACAAUAAUCGAUUAUAUUAUUUGGAUUCUGUAUAUGAGAAAAUUGUUCGAGUCAAUCUACCAGACGGCAGUAAUGCCGUUGCAAUCGAAGAAAAUUCACCGAAUCUAUCAAACUUGAAAAUCUAUAGUAAACGGCCAAGAAUUGAAAAUCAUCCAUGCCGUAAUUCGAAUGGAAAUUGUCAACAUUUAUGUAUACCGGAUGAAAAUAAUCGCCAUAAAUGUUUAUGUAGUACAGGUUUUCGUACCGAUGGACAGACUAAUUGUCAACCAUAUAAAUCAUUUGCUGUUGUAUCGUUGUUGACAAAAAUGCAAGGAUUCAGUCUUGAAGAUCAUGCUGAAGCUAUACAACCGAUUGCUGGACCUGGCCACAAUAUUCUUCAUAUUGAUGUUCAUGUAGUGAAAAAUCAUAUCUAUUGGGUAGAAUAUAAUCCAGGCGAACGUAAUGGCAUAUAUCGAAUUAAACCAGAUGGAACGGAAAAAAUGCAUAUUAUCAGCGAAGGUAUCGGUAGUAAUGGUAUUCGUGGCAUUGCAAUCGAUUGGAUUGCCGGUAAUCUUUAUUUCACGAAUGUAUUUCCACAUGAAACCUAUAUUGAAGUUAGCCAUUUGGAUGGUAAAAAUCGAAUGGUAUUGAUAAAAACAACGACCGAUGCUCCAAGAGAAAUUGCUGUCAAUCCAAUCAAACGAUAUCUAUAUUGGAUUGACUAUGGUCAAUUUCCAAAAAUUGAAAAAGCAUUAUUAGACGGCCAAAAUCGUACACCAAUCGUUGUCACUGGUAUAAGUAAUCCACGUGAUUUAACCAUCGAUAUCGUUACUCAUGAUCUUUAUUGGGUGGAUGCACGUGAAGAUGCCAUUCAAAAAGUAUCAUAUUCUGGUGGACGACGACAAUAUGUUUGGAAAAAUUUACCAACACCAUACGGUGCUUCCAUACUUGGCUCACAAAUCUAUUGGGUAGAUCGUAAUCUUCGUACAAUAUUUCGUGGAAGUAAAGUUCCUGAAGUGGCACAAAGUCAAACACCUGAACCAUUCAAAUCAAAUUUGGAUACAUUACGUGAUAUUGUUAUAUUCGAUGCACAGAAUCAACCACCAGGUGAUUCUGUUUGUUCUCGUUUCAAUGAACGUAUUUGUGAUCAACUUUGUUUUGCAAUGCCACAAGGUUAUGAACAAGAUUAUAAAUGUGCCUGUUCAUCAGGUGUAUUAGAUGCCAAUGAUCAUAAACGAUGUAAACAACUGGAUGAAUAUCUUAUUUUCACUACACGUAAAGAAAUUCGUACCAUUAAUCUUGAUGAAAAGAUCUCUAGCCCACCAGUCAUGCCAAAAACUAAUCUUACCAAUGUUGUUGGUUUAGAUUUUGAUUAUGCAAAUAAGAAAAUCUAUUUCACACAAAUUCGUCCUGAUGGUAGCAUUUCAUCGUAUCAAAUUGAUAAGAAAAAUGAUGAUCCACACAAUGUCAUUCUAUCGAAAGGAAUCAAUCCGGAAGGUAUUGCUUAUGAUUGGACAAACAAAAAAAUCUAUUGGACUGAUUCAGCAAAUCGUUCUAUUUAUUCAAUGAAUGAAGAUGGAUCACAGAUCGUUAUGAUUGUUCGUGUUGAAAGGCCAAGAGCAAUCGUCAUAGAUCCUUGUGAAGGCUAUCUAUAUUUCACUGAUUGGGGUCGAUUUGGUAAUAAUGGAAAAAUCUAUCGUUCAACAAUGUCCGGUAAUUUCAAACGGGCCAUCAUUGAAGAUGAUCUCACACAACCAAGUGGUUUGGCCAUCGAUUAUGAAGAACGAAAACUUUAUUGGACUGAUGCUUUACGUGAAAAAAUCGAACGUUCCAAUAUGAAUGGAACUGAUCGUGAAGUUUUGAUCUCAGCUACAAUCUAUCCAUUUGCAAUGACUUUGUUUAAAAAUUAUAUCUACUGGACUGAUCUACAAUUACGUGGUGUUUAUCGUGCAGAUAAAUAUACCGGUUCUGGAAUGAUUGAAAUGGUCAAACGAUUAGAAGAAUCACCACGUGAUAUUCAUGUGUUCUCUUCACAGCGGCAACUUUGUGAUAAAAAUCCCUGCCAAAUUAAUAAUGGUGGCUGUGCACAUUCAUGUCAUCAAGCGCCAAACAGUACGGUUGAAUGUCGUUGUAAUUCUGGAUUUAAAUUAGCCAAUGAAAAUCGAAUGUGUGUACAGGAUACAGUUGAAUGUGAUGAAUCAAAAUAUUCAUGUGGUAAUGGAAAGUGUAUACCACGAUUAUGGACAUGUGAUGGUGAUGAUGAUUGUGGAGAUAAUACCGAUGAAGAUUCAAUGUUUUGCGCCGUUCAUACAUGUGGCCCAAAUGAAUUCCGGUGUGGUAAUGGUCGUUGUAUAUUUAAAACAUGGAAAUGUGAUCAUGAAAAUGAUUGUGGUGAUAAUUCUGAUGAAGAAGAUUGUGAAUAUCCACCAUGUGCUGAUGGUGAAUUCACAUGUGGUAAUCAUAAAUGCAUACCGAAAGCCCAAUUAUGUAAUGGUGUAAAUGAUUGUAAAGAUUCGAAUACGACCGAUGAAAAUCAUAUUAAUUGUCCGAAUAACAAAACUUGUAUGGCAAAUCAUUUGAAAUGUGAAAAUACAAACAUUUGUGUGGAACCAUAUUGGCUAUGCGAUGGUGAUAAUGAUUGUGGCGAUAAUUCGGAUGAAAGUUCAUUAAUUUGUUCACAACGUACCUGUCCACCGAAUAGUUUUCGAUGUCCAAAAAAUCAUCGUUGUAUACCGGCCACUUGGUAUUGUGAUGGUGAUGAUGAUUGUGGCGAUAAAUCUGAUGAACCAGAAGAUUAUUGUAAAAGUGAUAAACGAACAUGUUUUGGUGAUUUGUUUACCUGCAAUAAUGGAAAUUGUAUACCACGAAUUUAUAUCUGUGAUGGUGAUAAUGAUUGUCUGGAUAAUUCCGAUGAAGAUGAACAACGACAUCAAUGUGACACCAGACAAUGUGACCCAGAACGUGAAUUCACCUGUACGGCAAAUAAAAACUGGGGUCGAACCCAAUGUAUACCGAAACGAUGGAUUUGUGAUGGUGAUCCAGAUUGUGUGGAUGGUGCCGAUGAGAAUACAACAUUACAUAAUUGUCCACCACCCGAAGCAUGUGAUGCUGAUCAAUUUAGAUGCAAUAAUAAUCGUUGUAUUAGUAAAGAAUGGGUUUGUGAUCAUGAUAAUGAUUGUGGUGAUGGUUCAGAUGAACAUCGUAAUUGUACAUUCCGUGAAUGUCAUGAUGAUGAAUUUUCAUGUCGUAAUACAAAAUGUAUACGUAAAACAUAUCUUUGUGAUGGUGAAGAUGAUUGUGGUGAUAGUAGUGAUGAAAAUCUUUCACAAUGUAAAACAAAAAAAGCACCAACAUGUCCGGAUGGUCAAUAUCGUUGUAAAAAUGGACAAUGUAUUCCAAUGGAACGUGUUUGUAAUAAACAUAUUGAUUGUGAAGAUGGUAGUGAUGAAUCACCACAUUGUAAUAUAGAUGAAUGUGCCAAAAUCGAUAUUAAUCGUUGUGAACAUAAAUGUAUUGAUGAUCCUAUUGGUUUCCAUUGUCAAUGUAAUGAUGGAUAUAAACUUAUGAAAGAUCAAAAAGCUUGUGAAGAUAUUGAUGAAUGUUCAAUGAUGAAACAAAAAUGUAGCCAAUAUUGUUUCAAUACACCUGGAUCAUUCAGUUGUAAAUGUAAUGAUAUCUAUUAUGAACGUGAACCAGAUGGUCGUACAUGUAAAAGACGUGACACAGACGUACAACCAUGGCUCAUAUUCAGCAAUCGUUACUAUAUCCGUAAUUCCAGUGUCGAUGGUUCAAUUUAUAAUCUAAUUAAAAUGGAUCUGAAAAAUGUCGUAGCAUUGGAUUUUGAUUAUCGUGAAGAACGACUUUAUUAUGCCGAUGUUGGUAAUAAAACAAUCAAUCGUAUUUUUAUCAAUGGAACUGGUGAACAGAAUAUUGUUCGUCAUGAAGCACAUGGCUUAGAAGGUAUGGCUGUUGAUUGGAUUGGAAGAAAAUUAUAUUGGAUGGAUCGUACAAGUAAACAUAUUGAAGUAACCGAACUGGAUGGAACGCGAAGAAAAACAUUACUAUCUCGUGGAAUAUCUGAUCCUCGUGCUAUUGUUGUACAUCCAAAGAUUGGUUAUCUAUUUUUCACCGAUUGGGGUCAUCAUUCAUGUAUCGGUAAAAUGGGAAUGAAUGGACAGAAUUUUUCACGAAUCAUCACUUAUGAACAGAAACUUGUAUGGCCAAAUGCAUUGACAAUCGAUUAUUUUAGUGAUAAAAUAUUCUGGGCCGACGCUCAUCUUGAUUAUAUUGAAUAUGCUGAUUUUGAAGGAAGAAAUCGACAUACUGUUCUCAGUGGUAAUUCCGUUCCACAUGUAUUUGCUUUAUCCGUAUUUGAUGAUUGGCUUUUCUGGACCGAUUGGAAUACAAAAGGUUUGGCCCGAGCGCAUAAAUUUACCGGAGAAAAUUAUCAAGUGCUUCGUAAUACAUCUCAUCGACCAUACGAUAUUCAUGUAUAUCAUCCAUUGCGACAAAUUCCAUAUGAUAAUCCAUGUGGUGAUAAAAAUGGUGGCUGUUCACAUCUUUGUCUCAUUGCACCGGAAGGACAAACAUUCACUUGUGCUUGUCCAAAUAAUUUUGUUCUACUUCGUGACAAUAAAACUUGUAUAGCCAAUUGUACACGUGGUCAACAUCGAUGCGGUUCAAAUGAUGAUCGUUGUAUACCGAUAUUCUGGACAUGUGAUGGUGAUAAAGAUUGUCAGGAUGGUUCGGAUGAACUAAAUUGUCCACCAUUCCAAUGUAAACCAGGCAUGUAUCAAUGUAAGAAUAACCAAACCACGUGUUUGUCACGUAUUCGAAUUUGUGAUGGUGUUCGUGAUUGUCAGGAUGGUUCGGAUGAAAGUUUUUGUGAUUCUGAUUGCGGUGAACAUAGUUUCAAAUGUCAAUCUACAGGUCGCUGUGUUCCAAGCUCUUGGCAAUGUGAUGGUGAUAAUGAUUGUUCGGAUGGCUCCGAUGAAGAUCCAGCCGUUUGUCAUCAUCGUGAUUGUGAUAAAGAUACACAAUACAAAUGUAAUAAUGGCAAAUGUAUACCGAAACUUUGGUAUUGUGAUUUUGAUGAUGAUUGUGGCGAUAAUUCGGAUGAACCAGCACAUUUAUGUCGUAAUCGAAAUUGUAGUACCGGAUGGCGAAAAUGUCCAUCAAGACAUAAUUAUCGUUGCAUACCAAGUUGGCUAUUCUGUGAUGGUAAAGAUGAUUGUCGCGAUAAUUCGGAUGAAACAAAUCCAGAAUUAUGUCCAGUAUGUCAUAUUGCGGGUGAUUUUAAAUGUAAAAAUGAUCGCUGUAUUCCAUUGCGUUGGCGAUGCGAUUUCGAAGAUGAUUGUGGCGAUAAUAGUGAUGAAAAUCCAGCAAUGUGUACUGAAUUAUAUCGUGAAUGUUCGGAAAGUGAAUUUCAAUGCAAUAAUAAAAAAUGUAUACCAUCCAGAUGGCGAUGUGAUCACGAUGAAGAUUGUGAUGAUGGAUCGGAUGAAAUUGAUUGUCUGGAACAUGUCUGCAAAUCUGAUCAAUUCAAAUGUAAAAGUGGACACUGUAUACCGCAGAAAUUGGUCUGUGAUGGAAAUAAAGAUUGUAAAGAUGUAUCCGAUGAAAUGAAUUGUCCACCCAGAUUUCCAAAUGGAAAAUAUUGUCAGGAAACUUUAUUCCAAUGUAACAAUACCGUAUGUCUCCGUAAUGAUUUCCUAUGCGAUGGAGAUGAUGAUUGUGGUGAUGGUACGGAUGAACAAGAAUCUUUAUGUCAAAAUUUCGAAUGCGAUCCAUCAAGAAAAUUUCAAUGUAAAAACAAAAAAUGCAUACCAUUAUGGCAGAUUUGCAAUGGUUAUGAUGAAUGUGGCGAUGGUAGUGAUGAAAAUAAUCAUACAUUAUGUCGACGUUGGCCAACAACCUGUGCAUCAAAUCAAUUCAAAUGUACCAAUGAUAAAUGCAUUGAUUUGACCAAAGUUUGUGAUCAUUUUGAUGAUUGUGGUGAUUUAUCCGACGAAAAAGGCUGUCAUCAAGGCGUUUGUAAUCGUGAAACGAAAGGUGGCUGUCAACAUAAUUGUUCAACAAUUGGUGAAGGCUCGUACAUUUGUAUUUGUCCACGGGGCUAUAAAACGAAUGAAACAAAUCCAAAAUUAUGUGAAGAUAUAAAUGAAUGUGCAACAUUUGGUCAUAAUUGUUCGCAGAAUUGUAUAAAUCUUGAAGGAACAUAUGCUUGUAGCUGUCGAUCUGGAUUUGAUUUUGUCGAGGAUCGUUGUGUAGCACAGGGUGCAGCACCAGUCAUUUUGUAUUCAGAUGGAUCGGAAAUUCGUACAAUCGAUUAUAAUGAACAAUUACAAUCAAUGAUUGUGACUGGUGAAUCACGAAUACAAUCAUUAGAUUAUGAUCCGGUGGAUAAGAUAAUUUAUUGGAUCGAUUCAUUUGAUUCAUCAAUAAAACGGGCAAUCAUACCAGAUAUUCAGGAUCCUAAUCAUGGAAUGGCAUUCACACAGGAUAUGAAUCUGAAAAGUACAAAUAAAUUAAUCGAUAUCGAUGUGGAUUGGGUGGCCAGAAAUCUUUAUUGGACUGAGAUGGAUAUAUCGGGAUCAAAACCUCGUGGUCGUAUAUUAACAAGUCUAUUGGAUGGUCGAUACAAACGAUCACUAAUAACAACUAAUCUUGAACGUCCAACAUCUAUUGCAUUGGAUCCUGAAUUAGGAAUAAUGUUCUGGACGGAUGCAGGCCAAUUGCCUAAAAUCGAAACUAGUUGGAUGGACGGUUCCGAACGUAAAGCAAUCGUCAAAGAAAGAUUGGGCGUACCGGCUAGUAUUGUCAUCGAUUUUCAAGCUGAUCAUCGAUUAUAUUGGUGCGAUACUAAACUUAAUUCAAUUGAAUCGGCCAACAAAGAUGGAUCCGAUCGUGCGGUCAUCAUACACGGUGAAUCACAUCAUCCGAUUAGUUUGGAACUAUUUGAAGAUCAAAUCUAUUGGACAACAAAAGAUACGAAUGAAAUCUAUAGACAGGAUAAAUUUGGCCGUGGUGUAAAAGUUCGAGUGAAACGCGCAUCUGCUUAUACUACAGAUUUGAAGAUAUUCCACAAUAAAAAAUAUAAUACUUCCUUGUCCAAUUCAUGUCAAUUGAAUCAUGUGAAUCCAUGUAGCCAUCAAUGUUUAUUGGUACCACGCGGAUAUCGUUGUUCAUGUCCGGAUGGAUUACAGCAUUCAAAUUUUGGAUCAAAUGCAAAAUGCAAUUCAGCAUUUGAACAUCCAUUAGCGAUGCCAUAUAAAUGUGAAUGUAAAAAUGGUGGUUUUUGUAUGUUUACGAAUUCUGAAAAGAUUAUCUGCAAAUGUCCGGAUAAUUUUGAUGGAAAUUUCUGUGAAGAUUCGGUUGCCAAAACAAAAUUGAGUUCACGUUGGGUGUUACGCACAACGCCAUCAUUGUUAUUGUUAUUAUUGGCAUUAAUUCUGGCCAGCCUUGUGUUUGUUAUCAUAUAUUUUCAGAAGAAAAAUCUCAAAACAAAUUUUCUUGCAAAUCCAAGUGUUUCAUUUCGUAGUGGCACUAAUGUAGAAUUUAUUGGCCAGGAUUUCCGUUCUGGUCAAACAUCUGGUGAACCGAACAAUCAAGAUGAAUCAUCUGAAAAUGAUAUCAAUCUGGAUGAUAUGAAAACGACCGAUUUUUCCAAUCCAAUGUAUGAUGCAUUUGGUGGUAGCGUUGCAAACACUGAAACUGGUGGCAAUAAUGUUGCAUUUAAUAAUAGUAAAAAGAAAAAUAAUCUCGAUAAUAAUGGUACAACUAAUUAUCUACAUGAUACGGAAAUGUUUACAUCAACAAUCGAUGUAGAUAAUCCACAAUCACCACCAUCCACACAAACCCCGCAUCCAUUGGAUGAAUCCUAUACAAAUCGUUUUGGUUCAGCAAUAUUAUCACCAUCAAGUGUAAUACAUAAAUCAGCAUCACCACAGAUACCAAUAAGACAAACAGCAUUGAAACCAACGACAAUCGAUACGGAUAAAGAUACGGCACAUUUAGUAGAAGAGGAUCGAACUGAUUGAAAAUCAACAAUAAACAACAACAACUAAUUAAAUCGAAAAAAAAAUCUCUCAAUUGUGAUAGAAUUUUAUUUA